GUCCCAACGCGGCGCGUGCAAAAAUAUUUUUUUCUCUCCGCUUGCAUUUUACCUGUCUUUCAGUAUCUUUUUCUCCUUCCUCCGAGCAGUGGCAAACAAUGGGUAAAAGCCAGAAGAAGUUCGGAAAGGGACGUUUGGACCACUACUACCGUUUGGCCAAAGAGAAGGGAUAUCGUGCUCGUGCUGCUUUCAAGAUCCUGCAAAUCAAUCAGAAAUACGACCAUUUUCUCGAGAAAUCCAAAGUCGUUAUCGAUCUUUGUGCUGCGCCUGGUUCGUGGUGUCAAGUUGCGUCCGCUCUCUGCCCUGCCAAUUCUCUGAUCAUCGGAGUUGAUCUUGCCCCGAUCAAACCGAUCCCAAAAGUCAUCACCUUUGUGGAAGAUAUCACAUCCUCGAAAUGUCGUGCUCAGCUGCGCCAGCAUCUGAAGACCUGGAAGGCUGACUGUGUGCUUCACGACGGAGCUCCCAACGUCGGUACUGCCUGGGUACAGGAUGCCUUCACACAGUCUGAGCUCGUGUUGCAGUCUCUGAAGCUUGCGACCGAGUUUUUGAUGCCUGGCGGCAACUUCGUCACCAAAGUCUUCAGAUCGAAGGAUUACAACAAUCUGCUAUGGGUGUUUAACCAGCUUUUCAACAAGGUCGACGCCACCAAGCCACCCGCUUCGCGAAACGUUUCCGCCGAGAUUUUCGUUGUCUGCAGAGGUUACAAGGCGCCAAAGAAGAUUGAUCCCAAGUUUCUCGAUCCUCGAUCAGUUUUUGAAGAUUUGACGGACCCUACCCCUAAUUUUGAAGCCAAGGUUUUCAAUCCAGAGAAGAAGAAAAGAAAGAGAGAUGGUUACGAGGAUGGUGAUUACUUGCAGCAUAAGAUGAUGAGUGUCCUUGACUUUAUUACAAAUGUGGAUCCUAUCGCAAGUCUUGGAGGUAUGUCUGAGCUCACUUGGGACGUGCCUACCGUCAAUAAAGACGAGAAGUCUCCCGCCGAAGAAGAGGAUGACGAGGAGGAGCCCAGUGAACCAAAGCCAACCCCGAAGACUGAGGAGGAGUUGAAGCAAGAUCUCAGGCUUGUGCGAAAACUCCCUGAUACAACAACGGAAAUAAAAGAAGCUAUCAAGGAUCUGAAAGUCCUUGGCAAGAAAGAUUUCCGUGGUCUGUUGAAGUGGCGCCUUAAAUGUCGACUGGCUCUCGGUAUCGAUUCUGCCGUUAAAGAGCCUACUCCCGAACCCGAAGAUCCUACCAAAGAUAUGACUGAGGAUGAGAAAAUUGAGUACGAGCUACAGACUAUGGAAGAACGCGAGGCCAGCAGACUUAAGCGAGAGCGUCGCCGAAAGAAUGAGCAAAAAACCAAGGAAAUCACGCGAAUGCAGCUCGGAAUGCUCAAUCCAGUGGAUAUUGGUAUCGAGGCAGCGCAAGUCGGAUCUGAUCAGCUUUUCAGCUUGAAAGAAGUUGAAAAGAGUGGACAGAUCGAUACGCUGGCAAAGGGAAAGAUGAACAUGCUCGCUGUGCAUGAAGACAAGAAGAAGGAAGUCACCGAGAUCGAGAUUGGUGAGGACCCGUUGCAGGAUGCGGAUAGGCUUGAGGACGAGCUGGAUAAUAUGUACACCAAAUUCCGGGAGAGACGAGCUGAGGCCGACGCAAAGUAUCGCAUGAAGCGUCUCAGAGACGAGAUUCUCGACGAAGAAUGGAACGGAAUCGAAGAGAAGCCUGAGACUGCUGAGUCGGACGACGAUGAUGACGACGGAAUUAUCUUUGACGAAGGCUACCAGUCGAGUGACGAUGGUGAGAAGAGCGAUAGCGAAGAGGGAGAGCCAAAGGCGAGAAAACUCUUGACGAACCUGGAUGAUAGUAAGGCCAAGAUUAACGGUCUCAGCAAGCAAGCGCAUAAUUUCUUUAAGCAAGAUGUUUUCAAGGACGUUGCUGGUCUGGAUGAGUCUGAUAGCGAUGACGAUGAAGCAAUCAACAAGAUCGUUGCCCUCCGGUCCAAGCAGAAACCUUCGGCCAAGGCUUCUGCCGAUGCUCAGGAUGAUGUUGAGAACGCUCCGAAGAAGACUUCGUUCGAGGUCGUCAAGGGCCGCAAGCCAAAGAACGAGGACUCGUGGAACACUGAUUCUGAUUCUGAUGAGGAAGAACCCGACGACAAGGCGAACGUUGACAUCAUCACUGCCGAGGCCAUGACUUUGGCGCACCAGAUUGCUCUCAAAGAAAAGUCCAAGGCUGAUAUCAUUGACGACUCUUAUAAUCGGUACUCAAUGCGUGAUCGGGAUGGCUUGCCGACAUGGUUUUUGGAUGACGAAGACCGAUUCAGUAAGCCGGUCAAGCCUAUCACUGCUGAGGCUGCUGCUGCCAUCCAGAGUAAGCUCAGGGCACUUAACGCCCGACCUAUCAAGAAGGUCAUGGAGGCUCAGGCUCGAAAGAAAAUGAAGGCGACUCGCAGAAUCACCCGUAUGCGCAAGAAAUCCGAUCUCAUUAUCGAGGAUCCCAACAAGUCUGAGAAGGAGAAGGCGGAGGCUAUUCAGAAGCUCAUGCGUAAAGCGACUAAGAAGUCACCCAAGACUGAGGUUAAGUUGGUGGUUGCCAAGGGCAAGAACCGUGGUAUCCAUGGUCGGCCUGGUGGUGUCAAGGGACGUUAUAAGAUGGUUGAUCCGCGUAUGAAGAAGGAGAUGCGUGCUUUGAAGCGGAAUGCAAAGAAAUGAGCGGUGUUUUGGGUUCCAAAAGUUUUAGCAUGUUAUUGCUGUGCAUUUGAUGUUUAAAUCAUUCAAAAUAAUUGAGCUUUUAACGAUAGAUUAACCGUGCCCAG